AUGUCCACCUCGAAUGCAGCGUCUCUCGCUACCUCCGAGCCGACAGAGACGGGCGGUGCAUCCCCCAACAACAAUGUCGCGUUUAGCUUUGCGACAAGCAAGAUUAUCCGCUUCACCAUCGCCGCGGGGAUCAUCGUGCUGGCUAUAAGCGCCGUCUUUGCCUUCUUCAAGAUUGGCAAAAUCGUCCGGAGCCAACGGCGGAAACAGCGACAAAAAGCAAUAGCGAAACAGGCCAUCAAAGAGGACGAGACGAUACAGUUCGAGGUGGCCGCUUGGGCGACGACACCGGGGCAUGCGCCCGUGGGACGCGCGGCGGAAGUGAGCAAGGAAGCGGCCAAGAGGCGGAAAAAGCAGAGAGAGAGGGAUGUGAAGGUCAUGAGGCGAAAAGGGGGGAAUGCGUACAUGGUGGAUGAGUGGGAGGGGGUGGCGCAGUAG